AUGUCUUCUACAGAAAUCAAAAAGCCUCUUCUUGCCCUCCCUUCUACAGCUGAAGAAACUGUCAAGGUGGAUAUAAAUGACACGUAUAAACUAAAAGAAUUAGGUCCAGUAGUCAUUAAUGAAAACGGUACAAUGAGCCGAAUUAACAAUUGGCACGAAAUGAACGAUAUUGAAAGAGCCAAUGUCAAUCGAAUUUUAUUGAAAAGGAACAAAGAACGUUUGGCCAAACUAAAGGAAUCUAUGCAGCAUACUGUUGACCAAGACCCUUGA